AUGGACCGUAAACAGGAGAAGACUACGUUAGGGAUGGAGGAUUUGGAAAUAUUGGCUGAAUUGAAGAAAUUAAAGAAAGCCCUUGGUGAUGGCCAAAGUUCCUCUCUAUCACAAACGCAAAUAAUAGAUGAGUCGAUACGUCUUUCUGAAAACAAUUAUCAAGUUUCUGCUGGCAUUGUCGUCGAAGCCGAAACUCACAGCUUUGAACACUGCCUCGAAGAAGAUCCCAACUCUCCAGCCACAUCAAAUGAGGAAGAAGAGGAAGAGGAUGUAAAUAAUGAAGAAGAAUUUGAUAAUGAACAUAAAAAUAUGCACGAAGAAGACGAGAAAGGGAAUAAUUAUGGGGACGGGCACGAGGAUGUAUAUAGGAAUUAUUAUGAGCAUGAAGAUGGGGAUGAAGAUGGGGAUGGGGAUGAAGAUGAGGACGGGAAUAGUGAUGAUGAUAAUAGGGAUGAGAAUGGGGAUGAGAAUGGGGAUGGGAAUGGGGAUGAGAAUGGGGAUGAGAGUGGGGAUGAGAAUGCAGAUGGGGAUGAGAGUGGAGAUGAGAAUGGGGAUGAGAAUGGGGAUGGGAAUACUGAUCGUAUCGAUAGUCAAGAAGGCUUUGAAAAGAACGUCUAUGAAGAGACCGAGUCUAGACAAGUCAUAUCGCCCAAUCUAUCAAAUGGCAUGUCCUCACAUACUUUACCCAAUUCUGCACAAUAUCAUCUCCUAAAUGAAAACGUUCAGCUUUCUCUCAGACAUCCGGCCCGCAUCUCAUCACCGCUGAAACAGAGCUAUAUACCCGAAUCUAUUGUAUUCGAGUCAGAUAGCGAAGAGGAAGGGCUCUCGGAAGACGAACUUUCUUCUGCCGAUAUAUCAUUUCCUUCUGUAAGGGAUAUUAUCAAUGCAGCAUUCGAGAAUUCUACUAGCGAUAAUCUGUGCAAUAGUGUUAUAGUCGAAGAACCAGAAGAUGAAGAACAGCAACCCAAUAAGGAAGACGAUAUAAAACAACACACUGACGGAGAGGUGGAUGGACUAACUCAGAAAAGAAGCGAAAGCUUACUGGAUCCAAUAUAUGAGUUGAAAGCGUUAUACUAUUAUGCAAGAAAAGAUAGAUCACUUGGAGGUUCUUCGGAUUAUACAGGUUCCGCGUUAGCAAAUGUCCAGAACUUUAAUGAAACCGAGCUACAAACGAGUAUGUGUGAAUCUAACGCAAAGACAUACGUGGGAGAUCAGGUAUCCGAAACUCGAUCAAUAGAAACGUCUUCCCCUACAACGGCGAAUAUGGAGCAGUUUAAGGGAAUCAGAAAAUUGCCAUCUGCAUUGGACAUAAGCGAUGUCAAACAAUUGAAGAGCAGGUUUCAAAGGAAGAACGCAUUCGUUGCCAAGUUUAAUGCGUUAAAGCAUGAAGAAACUGGAUUAACUAUAUGGAUUCGUAUUAGUAUGCAACAGCCGCAAGCACCCCCACCUAAGUAUUACAAGAAGAUGGGGACAGGCGACAACCAUUCAAUAGCAUCAGGAAGUACUACUGAUCUUUCGGUACAGGACACCUCACAUACUCAAUCGCCGCUGACCAAUCGUGAAUCUUCCAUAACACCGUCGACUUCCAUCAGCUCGUCCAGAUCAUCCAAGUCGUCACGUAUGUCGUUCGAUCAGCCGUCCUCUAUUCGAAAUAAAACAUCGCUAGGACAUACACCUUCCACGCGAUCAAAAACCCCUACGUUCCUAUCGUCCAUAGGCCGUCGCACGAGUCUGAGCAAAGCUAGCAGUAAAUCGGCGGUGCACUCUCCAAUAAUGUAUCACAUAUCACCCAAUUCUUCGAGCACCUCAUUAUCCAGUUUGCCCAAAUCUCCACCGACACCAACCACACUCAAGAAACAAAGACGAUUCAGUUUGCAAUCUGUAACGUCAAGAUUUGGUUUCGGGUCUAAUACGAAUAGCGUAAGCGAGGAAAAAAUUUCAAACGGCAGCACACAGUCGUUGGAUACGCUCGUGGAAGUUGACGAAAAGGCGCUAAAUAAGUUAUGCGAUAUAAUACCACAUGCUGAUAGAGAUGUAUUAGAAAAAUAUUUGCAAAAGGCUGGUGGGAAGGAUGAUUUACUUGCUGUGGGAUUAUACAUGAGAGAUUUUAAGAAUGAUUGGCUUGUUAAUUAG